AUUAUUUGGUCAAGAACAGUCUCUUUUGCUGAAAAACGCUGUAGCUUAACCGGAAAUGCGUGUCAGACUGUCAUCACACAUCCGGUUUUAAUCUGUGGAUCUUUAAUUUUCCUCUCGCUCGUAUGAACUUGCAGCCUAACGAUGGUUGUUUCUGGUGACACUUUCUCAGAUGAAUUUACCAGCAUCUUAGAGUUCCGGUAAAUCACACGGUUCUUUGUUGGUCAUCAGAGGAAACAGGAAGUCCUCCUCCUGAGGGUUUACUGACGUGAACGGUGGCUAAGCUAGUUAGCAUUCGGUAGCAUGACGUGAAGCAGACAUUUCUCUGUCGUCUCGCCUCGUGGAAUCCGUGGUUUUCCAUAAGAGUUCGAGUUGACGAGCGCUUUCCAUUCCAAAGAGUAAUCUGAUAACUCCCGGUUGGGCUCCGUUUCUUUCGCUGCUGCUGAGCCUUCAUUCUCUGCCGCAAAAAUGAUGGACUUUGACAACAUCCUGGACAUCGCGUCUCAGAACCAGGGGCUCAGCAGUGUUCAGAGACGAUACAGUUUAGAAACUGGACCGCCCAAAAGGGACCCCAAGUCCAAAGGUGUGAAUCCUGCGGCUGUUCAGGCGUUGCUAAAGAAGCGGACCAAUGACACUAAACUGAAAGAAAUGGAGAUGAAAAAGCAGAAGCAGGAUCUUCUGGCUAAGAGGGUCGAGUUGAAGUCGGAUCGGAAAGCUCGAGCCAUGGCCUCCAGGACAAAGGACAACUUCAAAGGUUACAACGGGAUUCCGGUGGUGGAUGUUCCCAAAAAGAGGGGUUCAAAAGCAGAUAAACAGGACAACGAUCAUGAGCAGGGAUUCCAGAAUAACUCCAUUGACCCUUUAGACGACGAAGAUAAUUAUGAGUACGAGCAGACGGACUCGGAGGAGGAGCCUGAGCCGCUGAGACCCGGUAGACCUGCAGAGGUUCAUGGGAGCAGCAGGAAGUUUCCUCAGAAGCCCUGUGGACCACCCAGGCCUUCUGCUCCUCCCGCCAUGAACUUUGCUGAUUUGCUGAAGCUGGCAGAGAAGAAACAGUUUGAACCUGUUGAACUGAAACCCAAAGCUGUGAAAAAAGAAGAGCGGCUCCACACGGCCAGCGAGAUCCGAGAAAUGGAGAUGGAACGCAAAGCCAAGAGACUCGACAAACACAAAGAAGUGAAGCCAGAACGGGAACGAGACGCCAGGCCCCAGUCCAGCUCCAGUCUGAUGAGGAAAACCCCUGCAGAUAAGGAGCAGAAGUUCAGUAAACCCCAGAAGAGCUCUGGAGAGAAACCCAUCAAAGCAGUUAAGAAGGGGCUCCCAUCUUCUUCAACCGCUAGAAGCUCCUCGUCUUCUUCCUCCGUUCAUGAAAGAGAAGACCGAGUCAAGGCGUCUCGCAACAACGAACACAGACCAAAACCCGGCUUCACAUCAGCUGCUGUCUCCAGUAAAGUUCCUUCAAAACCCGCGUUGUCUCAGGUCUCUACACCUCCAUCCAGCCAGAAAUCCAGCACCUCAAGUGACCUUAGCUUCAGGAAAGACCCAUCCCUGCUUCAGAAAGGAGGGAGCAGAACUUCUAGUACAGCUGGCAUGGUUCAGAAGUCUCAGCACGGGAGCUCGCCGCAGUUCAGAACCACUCAGGGUGGACUCGCUAAGCCGGGACCAGCAGGCCGACCCGUAAAGCCUGCUAAAGCAGAACUCCCAAAUCCUGGAAUUCCUCCUGGAGUCAAAUUGAGCAGCAACUCCAUGACGAGACUUCCUGCAGGGGGUCCUCCUCGGACAGGGGGCCAGCCUCUUGGAAGGCCUGGUGGCACUCCCCAGGCAAGACCUGGAAGCGUCCCACAGGUGAGACCGGGAGGUGGCCACCCUGGAACGUCCGGACCUCGGCCCAGUAGACCUGGAGGGCAGGUUCCAGGGCGGCCAGCUGCCGGCCCGGGACCUGCAAGACCUAAGUGCACCGUGGUGUCGGAGACCAUUUCAUCGAAGAACUUCGGUGGACCUAGAUUGGGAGCUGCGGCCCAGGCCGGCAUCCCAAACAGGCCAGGAAUGGGACCUCGACCGGGCAUGGGACCUCGACCGGGCAUGGGACCUCGACCGGGCAUGGGACCUCAACCAGGGAUGGGACCAAGACCAGGGAUGGGACCUCGACCGGGGAUGGGACCCGGACCAGGGAUGGGACCUCGACCGGGGAUGGGUCCUCGACCGGGAAUGGGACCUCGACCAGGGAUGGUGCCAAGACCAGGAAUGCCACCCAGACCACCGGGACCGAUGCUGCCGCCCAUCACAUCCGCCUACAAAAGGAAAUACGAGGAUGAGGAGGAAUACGACUCCGAGAUGGACGACUUCAUCGACGACGGUGGCGAGGAACAGGAAGAGAUCUCCAGACACAUCAAGGAGAUCUUUGGAUAUGAUCGAAACAGAUACAAAGACGAGAGCGACUACGCCCUGAAGUUCAUGGAGAGCAGCUGGAAAGACAUGCAGAAGGAAGAAGCACGAAGCCUCAGACUGGCCGUCCAGGAGGACCUGGAGGAGGAGAAGAGGGAAGAAGAGGAGAUGAAGAAGAAAGCCAAGAGGAAAAAGACCAGCUGAAGCUGAUCUGUCGCAGGGAUGGAGACUUUACAGAAAUGGGGAAAAAGUGAAGGGAAGAACUGGGCUCCGCCCACACCAACCCACACCGCCUUCCCUGAAGAUUUUACGUUGAUGGACAGUCUGAAUUCAAAUGAAUUCCUCCUGAAAAUGUUACAGAAGCAGAAGGCACUAGUAUAUAUAUAACAGAAGCGCUUAUAUAGUAUUUAUUUUCUCAUGGAGAGUUAGAUUGACCAUCAGUCCAACAUGAACUUCAGCAGAGCUUUGGUUCAGACACAGCGAUAGAUCUUUGAACACAGCAGUAGAUUUUUGGAUACAGCGAUAGAUCUUUGGAUACUGUGAUAGAUCUUUGGUUCAGACACAGCGAUAGAUCUUUGGAUACUGUGAUAGAUCUUUGGUUCAGACACAGCGAUAGAUCUUUGGAUACUGUGAUAGAUCUUUGGUUCAGACACAGCCUGAGAUCUUUGAACACAGCAGUAGAUUUUUGGAUACAGCGAUAGAUCUUUGGUUUGGACACAGCGAUAGAUCUUUGGACACAGCAGCAGAAAUCUGCUUAGUUCCGUUUUUUUCUCUAUUUCUAUCUGAAAUAAAUUUUUCAAUUUUUUCAAAAACAUUUCAAAACUUUAAACUCACAUUUGAAGGACUUUGACAAAGAAUUUCAUUAAACUGUUGGCAUUUCUCAUUU